CUGGGCCCUCUGUUAUUUAUAUUAUACAUUAAUCUAUGGUUUUAACAUAAAAUGAGUUGAUUAAAACCUGUGAAGAAGGGCAAAACUUUUAUACUUGAAAGCAUCAUAAGUAUCCCCAGGAAGAGGAUCACGAAGUGGGCCAUCAAAACAUAAUGAAACAUAAUUUUUUUCAUUGAAUUUGUAACGAUACAACGACGAAGAAAAUUAACCGAAUAAUAUAAAAUACACAGAUAAUUCUGACUAUUUUCAAUAAAGCAAAAGUCAAGUGUUUUUAACAUUAAAAACGAAAAGAUUACGCACAUUGGUAACUGUAUUAUAGUAAACAUUUUUAAAGAUAAUCUUUAUUUUGUUGAGCUCAUUAUUUGACAGCUCUCCAGUAGUUGCGAACGGUAAGCGGCGCUGCCACGUGCACGCUCCCAAUACCCCCGUUAGCAUUUGUCUUCAUUUUCAUAUUACUUAGCGAGUAUCGAGUAUGAGCGACCUGUUUCCCUCUCUUCAUAGCAUCCUCAGGAGAUGCUGGAGAUGUUGCAUGGGGACUGGAGGAGGAUCCAGGAAGACUUUAGCAUGUCGAUAACUGUAGCAAAUUAUUAUUAAAUAUAAAUUAUUAGUUUGUAUUUUGUACCAAGUAUCUAUUAGUUUUAUCUUCAAGUUUACAUUUUAUUUUCCAGAAAUUCGUCGUAGUUUAUUUUAUACUGUUUGCAGUAGCAGUAACACCGGUACCUAGGGUCUAAAAACGUCUGCGUGUUCGAACACCCUAGGAACUCGUGCGCGUGCCUGAUCAUAGUGGUCAUCUUAGAUGUGAUUUAGAUUUGAAACACUUUUCAAAGUAGUGUAGAGAAAGUAAUGCCUACAUGCUAGCUAGUACUGAUGUUAAUUUGUCAACACCGAGGAUCCCAAUACUCCCUGACAUCGUAAAUACCGUAUGAAAUUGUGAACUACAAAAUCUAAAAACCAAAUAUGCUGAUCAUACCUAUCGUAAGUACAUUCUUACUUGCCAAUACAUGUAUAGGUACCUAGUUGUUAGUUUCUUAUCAAUUAUUACUAAUAAACGUUCACAACAUGGGUAAUUAUUGUUUUAUAUUGCAACAGCAAAUAUAGCUACCUACUACCUAAUUAAAAAUAAUAACGAACCUCCGGUUAAUAAAAAUCUUUGUCAUUUUAUCAUGUAAGACAUGUUGACUAGUGACGCGCGAUUAAUCUGUUCGGCUUUUCUUUUAUUAUUCUUGCUGGAAGGCCACGAAUCAUGGAUGGGCCGCUAUAAAGAUAAGAGUCUUCUCAUAGAUAUAAGUCGAAUAUUAGUCUCUGAUCUCGUGCGUAAAGCAGAAACAGUAUGGGGUUUAAAAGACAACUUCGGGAAGUACAAAACUUUUGGCAUUGGAGAAAAAGUAUAUCUUAUACGCGUGAAAAUGGCACAAAUGAUUCGACUGUCUAUGCGAAGUCAACAAAAGUUUAGCACACGGACAACCACUCAGUUGAUACGGAAUUUGACAAAUCUUCAAAGAAUGUGCCAGGAACUCUUUCUUUUCAUGGAUGAGUUGUCAAAAUAUGAUAGUGAAAUAAUGACUCAGGACAAAAUAAGAAAUGUUUCGAGAAUCGCAAUUGGCGAAAGUUGCCAGGCGGCCGGGUCGAUGGCAAUACCACCAUCAGUGAUGGACAACUAUCGUCGCCAACUGGUCGAUGCCAGAAGACAACAUAUUGUAAACACAUAUCUGCAGAAGCCACUAAAACCUCCGAUCGACGUUGGGAAGGAAAUGAGUGAAUCUCUUAACACAAAACUCAGAGGACCCAACAUUCAACACCGAGAUGGUGAUUUUAUGGAUCUCGCGCCAGAUAUUAUGUAAAUCAGGUAGGUACCUAAGUAAUAUCACUGGUAAAUAAUAGUAUACAUACAUAUGAUUGCCUUCUUACAAUGCAUUUAACACUUUCGAUGCGGCAGCGCUAAACCCAAACGUACUGCCAGUGCAUUACGUUACGUGUCAUAUACCUACUUUCCGUCAAUGAUAUUAAUGCUGGACGGUUCCUCACUAAAAGAGUCCAAAAAUUCAAGUACUCAGGUCACUGGGUCACGGAGUUGCUAACUGAUGAUCUUGAGAUGGAAAGAGAGCACCUAGCGUUGGCAGUCCGCUGUAUAUGCUGGCCCGCCCGUCGUUUUGCACGAUGUAGUGAGAGCGUAAAAAGGCAUACUGCUAGUCAUUCUACUCGUGUACACUAUGGGUCAGUUACACCUAGAGGUAACGUAUUGCGAGUGCAAUAUAAUAAUGCGGUCAGGGUGCUGAUGGGUCUACCACGUUACUGCAGUGCGUCCGGCAUGUUCGCGGCGGCGGGCGUGCCGGGAUUCCACGCCAUCUUGCGCAGCAGAUCGGCCUCGCUAAUGAACCGUGUACGUGGUAGCACCAACAGCAUCCUGAGUGCGCUGGCUGAACGGGCGGACUGCCUGAUGACACGCCCCAGUGCGUGAAGAUAAUAAAAAUAUUAUCGUUGUAUCGACAAACUUUUUAUUAUCGUAAUUGUUCAUGCACGCAAACACAACAAAUAUUAUUCAUCCAUUUAAGUUCAGAUAGGUACUUAACAGAUAAUUAAUUCCCAAUUGAUAUAGAUAUCAAGGACUUGAAAUGUUCCAUCUAUAAAAUGUUGUAACGAAGCAGAUAUGUUAACAUUGCGCAGCACUGUCACUAUGGCCAACUAAAGCGCUGUGUACCUGCCAUUC